AUGUAUUUCAAGUACGCAGCAGCAGCCCUGACUGCAGUGCUCCCUCUUUGCUCUGCACAGACCUGGUCAAAGUGCAAUCCCCUUGAGAAGACCUGUCCGUCCAACAAGGGCCUUGCCGCAUCCAGUUAUACUGCCGACUUCACCUCAAAGUCAGCUUUGGACCAAUGGGAAGUCACUGCAGGCAAUGUUCCUGUUGGCCCACAGGGCGCUGAGUUCACUGUCGGUAAGAAGGGCGAUUCCCCCACCAUCGACACCAGCUUCUACUUCUUUUACGGAAAGGCCGAAGUGGUGAUGAAGGCCGCUCCUGGAACCGGCAUUGUGAGCAGCAUCGUUCUGGAGUCGGAUGACCUGGAUGAGAUCGACUGGGAAGUAUUGGGCGGUGAUACCACUCAGGUUCAGACAAACUACUUUGGUAAAGGUGAUACCACAACCUAUGACCGAGGCACUUUCGUGUCCGUUGCCACUCCUCAGCAAACUUUCUAUACCUACACUAUCAACUGGACUAAGGAUGCGAUUACCUGGUCGAUUAACGGCGCGGUCGUGCGUACUCUUGCGUACAACGAUGCUAAGGGUGGCACUCGGUUCCCCCAGACUCCUAUGCGCUUGAGACUAGGCACCUGGGCAGGCGGCGACCCCGGCAACGCCAAGGGUACCAUCCAAUGGGCCGGUGGCGAGACCGACUACAGCAAGGGUCCGUACACCAUGUACGUCAAGUCGGUUCACAUUGAGAACGCCAACCCCGCCGAGUCCUACACCUACUCGGACAACAGUGGCUCUUGGCAGAGCAUCAAGUUCGAUGGGGCCGUCGAUACCUCUCCUAGCCCUUCGGUGACCUCGACGACCAGCACUGCCAGGUCUACCUCGAGCCAUAGCACUUCCACCACCACUCUGGCCACUUCCACCAAGCCGGCUACCCAGUCCACCUCGACCCCUACUGGAACCAGCUCGAGCUCUAACUCGAGCUCGGGCUCGUCUACUGGCUCGGGACCCACCACCACCGGCUCUACCACUGGCGGCAGCGGUAGCGGCAGCAGCAGCAGCGGCAACAGCGGCAAGAGCGGCAACAGCUCUGGUUCUGGCUCCUCCUCUAGCGCUGGAGCCUCUGCCACUGCGGGUCUCUCCCAGGGCGCCGCCGGCUCCAUUAAGGGUUCGUACACAGCCUGCGCCCUGGUGUUCGGCGCGGUCGCUGCCGUGUUGGCAUUCUAA